AUGCCACCAACAACAAGGAGUAAUUCUCUGAAGGCGCUGCAAACGAGGUUGAAGUCCCUGCAAGAGAUGUUCAAAGAUAUCUGCCGUUUUUUGGACACUCUGGAUGAGGAAACGAUUGCGACUCGAGUUACAGUGCGGCUGGAAAAACUUGAGGAAUUGUGGGAAAAGGUUAAUGAGGCCAUAAUAGACAUCGACAUGCACGACGACUAUACCGCAGAAGAUGAUACCUAUUCUAAACAACGUUCCGAUUUUAGUAAUAGAUAUUAUGAGGCGAAAUCCAUGUUGCUAGAGAAGGUUAAGGACUUAGAGUGUGGGUCUGGUAUGAAUGCGACUACCCAAGGGCUGGACGUGACACAACAAUCGACUAUUGAACAUGUUCGUCUCCCACAAAUCAAAUUGCAAACGUUUGACGGCAAUAUUGAUGAGUGGUUAAGUUUCAGAGACCUAUAUCUGUCGUUAAUACACCACAAGACCGAUUUACCAGAAGUUGAGAAAUUCCACUACUUGAAAGGUUGUUUAGCAGGAGAGGCAAAGGCUCUUGUAGAUCCGCUCGCAAUCACUAGGGGGAACUAUCAGGUAGCAUGGGAAACACUGAUGAAAAGAUACAACGAUAGCAAACUGUUGAAACGGAGACAAAUUCAGGCAUUGUUUAGAAUGCCAACUCUAGUGAAAGAAUCUGGCGCAGAAUUACAAGCAUUACUAGAACAUUUUGAGCGUGCUAUUCAUACCUUAGAUCAAUUUGUAGAACCAGCAGAGUAUAAAGAUUUGUUGCUGUUGGAUAUAUUAGGUUCCAGAUUGGACCCAGCUACAAGAAGAGGCUGGGAGGAAUAUUCUGCAUCCAAAGACCAAGAUACCAUCAAGGACAUGGUUGAUUUCUUGCAGCGACGGAUUCGGGUACUUGACUCAUUACCACUAAAGGGAACAGGAGCCCGGGUUGAGGUAGCACAACCGCCGAGAAGAAGACAACCACUUGCGCUAACGAAUUAUAAUGCAGUGCAAACAGCUGGGCUUCGUUGUGUAGCUUGUUCAGAUAUGCAUCUUCUGUAUCAGUGUCCGCAGUUUAGACGCAUGACGAUAUCGACUCGUGAUAGGCUUCUCCGCAGUCAUUCAUUGUGUCGUAACUGUUUCAAAAGAGGUCACCAGGCAGUCGAUUGUUUAUCCCGUUUCGUUUGUCGUAUUUGUAAGGGAAAGCACCACACGUUAGUUUGUUUUCGCGAAGAGAACUCUCAAUGCAAUAACGCAGCUGAAGGUUCACCGGUAAAAUCAAGAGAAUCUUCGCGAUCCUCCAGUCCCAAGGAAGUGUCGGCUGUACUCGCUGCAUCGACAUCCAACACAGCAUCGUAUUGUGCGUCCUCGGUAUUAUUGGCUACCGCUAUCGUUUUGCUGGAAGAUGAUAAUGGUACCGUAGUUCCAGCCAGAGCACUGCUAGAUUCAGGGUCAGAGUGCAAUUUUAUGACUGAAGGACUGAAUCAGCGUUUGAAAUGCAAGCGAAGACAGGCUGACGUGGCUGUCAGUGGCAUUGGUCAAGAAACCACUCAGGUAAAACACACAGUAUCUGCGACAGUCCGUUCACGAUUUGGGAAUUACACAUGCAAAAUGGAUUUUCUUUUGCUCCCAAGAGUUACAGCAAAUCUUCCGACGAAAAAUGUGGUUUUGAUGACCUGGAAAAUUCCGAAAGUCUUAGAUUUGGCCGAUCCAGCAUUUACGGAAUCUAAGUCAGUAGACAUCAUUUUGGGCAUUCAACACUUCUUCACAUUCUUCAAAAAUGGAAAUGAAAUCCACUUGGGUGCAGAAUUACCCUCGUUAACCCGAUCAGUUUUUGGCUGGGUGGUAACGGGGACCGUUGGGAAACAGAAUGCUAGUCCACGAAUUACCUGUAACUCGGCUACGUCCAUAGACUUAGAUGCAUUGAUGAAUCGGUUUUGGGCCUGUGAGGAAGUUGAAAAUUCUACUAAUUACUCCCCCGAGGAACAGCGUUGUGAGGAUCUGUAUAAAAAAUCGGUUAAAAGGGAGAGGAAUGGCAGGUAUACAGUCUCUUUACCUAAAAUUGAAGACGUGCUGGAAAGGAUGGGCGAGUCAAGGGACAUUGCAUUCCGUCGGCUCCAAGGCUUGGAGCGAAGGUUACAGAAUGAUCCUGCUAUGCGUCUACAAUACAACGAUUUUAUGGAGAAAUAUUUGCGAUUGGGACACAUGCGGAAAAUGGAUAUGGAUAACGUUGAUAAGGUUAAACUGUAUUUUCUGCCCCAUCAUCCAGUAAUCAAAGCAACUAGUACUACGACCAAGUUACGGGUAGUAUUCGAUGCGUCGUGUAAAACAGGAACAGGGAUAUCCUUGAACGAUUCGCUGAUGGUGGGCCCAGUUAUACAGGAGGAUUUGAGGAAUUUAAUUAUACGAUGCCGAACUCGUCAGAUUAUGCUGGUAGCAGAUGUAGAGAAAAUGUUCCGUCAAAUUAACAUGAAUACCACAGACGUGCCGCUCCAAAGUAUUUUAUGGCGAACGGAUCCAUCGCAAGAGGUUGACGUUUAUGAAUUAACCACUGUAACUUAUGGUACUAAGCCAGCUCCUUUUCUGGCCACGAGAACCCUGAAACAAUUAGCUGAGGAUGAAAGAAGUGAAUUUUCCCUAGCAGCUGAUUCGUUGAUCCAAGACGUCUACAUGGAUGACAUAAUAGCAGGUGUUGACAACGUAAAUAUGGGAAGUGAAUUGCGAAACCAGCUCGAUUCCUUAUUGCAGAAAGGUGGAUUCAGGUUGAGGAAGUGGGCUUCCAAUUGCCCACAGGUUUUAGAAGGUGUGCCUCCGGAAAACCUAGCAUUAUCCACUACCGAGGUUCAACUUGACCCUGAUCCAGCUGUGAAAACACUGGGACUGAUUUGGAUACCUGGAACAGACAUCCUAAAAGUCCAAUUUAAAAUUCCUCCAGUUGAUAUCAGGGAAGAACUGUCUAAACGGAAGAUAUUGUCCAUGAUCGCCAGGCUUUUCGAUCCUUUAGGGUUGAUUGGAGCUGUUAUUACAACGGCAAAAAUUUUCAUGCAGCGACUAUGGAAGAUCUAA